AACACUAUUUGAGAAUUGACAACUGUAUUGACUUCCGGUGGGGGAUAAAGAAAGCGAGAGUUAUCUUAACUUAAUUUUGCAGAACAAUGUACAAUUGACAGAAACAGAAAUGCCACCUGUAGAAAAUCAGAUUGCUGUUCAUCCUGGCCCUGGCCAUCAGGGCGGAGGUAGUAUACCAUUAGGAACUCUCAUAGAAUAUGCAUUACAACGGACUUACCAUGAACUGACAGUUUUAUCAGAAUUGCUUCCCAGAAAAACAGAUAUGGACAGGAAACUGGAAAUCUUUCACUUUGCCAAUCGCACGCGGCAGUUAUUUGUUAGAAUUCUGGCCCUCGUCAAGUGGGCAAACAGUGCCACUAAAGUGGACAAAUGUGCAGAUAUCUGCCACUUUCUAGAGCAGCAGUCAAUGUACUUCAUUGAAACAGCUGACUUUCUUCACAAAAUGUCCAAGGAGACUUUGGUGACUGCUCGUCUUCCCAGUUUUUCUCUUCCAUGUGCAAUUGAUGUGCUGACAACAGGCACUUAUCCACGCCUGCCUGCUUGCAUAAGGGACAAGAUAAUUCCACCAGACCCAAUUACACCAGUGGAAAAGAAACAGACCCUGCAGAGAUUAAACCAAGUCAUUCAGUAUCGCCUUGUUUCCAGUGACCUCCCUCGGCAGAUGAGACGGCUGAAAAUAGAGCAAGGAAGAGUGAGAUUCUUUGUGGAGCAUGAGUUUGAGGUUACUCUGACCUUAAUGGGAGACAGUCCCACAAUUCCCUGGCGGCUGCUGGAUAUUACAUUCCAAGUAGAAGACCAUGAGACUGGAGAUGGUAAAUCCCUGGUUCAUUCUAUGCAGGUUCACUACAUUCAUCAGCUCGUUCAGUCACGUCUCCUUGACACUGACAAACCUCUGCUGGACCUGUACCGGGUGUUACAUUCCUUCUGUUUGUCCCUGCAGCUAGAAGUGUUACAUUCACAGACUCAACGAUUGAUGAGAGAACGUUUAGGAGACUGCAUUUUCAUUGACCAGUACAUGCUCAGCAAGAAUCUUGUCAUCUCAUAUUGGAGAGAUCAUACACGCAACAGGGAGAGAUCAUUGGAAACAACAGUAUACAAACUGAGUGUACACGUAUGUGAAGAUGAUGAUGGCAAGCCACUUCAGGUGACUCAUUUCCCAGCAAUGUCUGCUGAUGAGAGCCGGAAAAUAGGCCUUGCAAUCAAGAGCGAUCAUUUAUCGAUUGAAAAACUUCUGAUGCAGACUAUAGAAGUGAGGACCCACUCUAAGCUGAAGGACCUCUCAAGAGAGCUUCAGAGACUUGUGGAUGGGAAAUGUGAGGUACGUGACAUGCCAGUGGCUCUGCAUGUUCCUGUUUUGACACCUUGCAUGUCAUCAGAAGUUCUUCGUGUUACCAUCAAUGUCCAAACAGGUGCCUACAUGGUCUCUGUGCCCUCCUGUGAAGACCAGUGUGUCACAGACAUAGAAGAAUGUCUUAAUGGAGACAGGCGUGGCAUGGAUGGGUUAAUCUCCCGGCUGAGGGUCCAACUCAGCUUGCUACGCUGUGAGAAAUCAGUACAGCUGAUGCCUGCAGUAUGCCAAAAGAGUUUACCUUUUGUCAACUUGAGCGGUCACCCUUUGGAGGGACUGGCUUCAACUAAACUGUUCAUCCGUGUGCCACGACAGCCAAAUGUUUAUGUGGUGGUGGAGAUCAUAGAGGAGGGGCGUGGCCAUGUGAAGUACCGCUACUUCCUACUCCAGUCAGUGCCAUGUACACUUGAUGGAACAGAAGAUGACAUUGAGGAUACUGGUGUUAAGUCUUUUCUUAAAGCAGGUCACAUGAUCCCAGUGGAUAUCUUCUCACAGACACAUGGCCCAUUCUGUCGACUUUAUGAUGACAUGCCACUUCAGAUGGACAGUCUGUCAAGGAAAAGAAAGAUAUUUCUUGGAGAAAUGGAUGAGACUGAAAACAAAAAAACAAAAGGAUCUCCAUACUUUGUGCAAGAACUGACAUACCUCCUGGCACAUGUGGAGGAAAAAAUCCCAUUCGUACAGAUUGGAGAAGAGCUGACACUUCAGGGCUUAUCACACACAGGCAUUUCCGUGGACAACGAGGGAACUUGUUUGUCCUUAGGGGUCUUGGGAUUUCCAGAUACUGGAGACACAAAUGCUGGCAAGUUUCAUGAGCAGCUACUUUCCUGCAAAUUCCGCAUACAAUGUCGUGCCUCCAGAAACUGGAUUGUAGAGUUUGUUUUCGCACAAGGACCUUUGCCAACUACACACUUUAAAGAGUCAGGGAGUUCUGUGAGGGUGUGCCUGCACUUUGAUCUGAGUGGUGACAAUAUUCAGAAGACAGUGACAGAGCUUCUAGAUGAGUGGCAGGCCAUGCAGCAUCUCUAUUUUCUUGUUGUUGAUUUUGCGGACACAUACAAUGAUGUACGUACCAAUAUGAUGGCUAUGGCCACCAUCCAGUCAUAUGAUUAUCGCAAGUUAACUCUAACUUAUGGUCCUGGGAGAUCACAUUUUGUAACGGUGCAGUGGAAGACAGAGGCUCGUCAGUUUCAGCUGAGCCUAGGGACAUUGCAGCAGUCUAGCACUGCAAACCCACAUGUACCACUACUUGUCCAGCUGCAGGAGGAACUGAACACUUCUCGCUCAUUGGCUCAGCUUGUACAUACUCUUCAUGACACAUGGGCACCAAUGACUGCUAUCUGUAAACUAAAUACAACCUCUUUGAUGGGAACCAGCACACACCCAAAAAUUGCAGUCCUGAACUUCACCAUCAUCCCACAGUCAUCAACACAUGUCCGACUCAUCUUUCGCAGUUGUUAUUGCCUGGACAUCCACAUGAAAACAGGCAAAGUGGUGGCUGUACGUGAUGGUUCUUAUGGUCUCUUUGACAACAGUCGUGUGAUCGAGGGACUCACCCCAGCCUCAGGACUUAAGAGUUUUCUCAGCAUGUUUGUGGAUGAAAAGAUGACAGCAAGCCAUGGCCGGCAACGUUCCUCUACUGAAGAUGAUAACCCACCCUCACCCAUUGGCAUGGAUAUGGACGUGUUUAUGUCUCAACAACAGCAGCCAAUGCUCGGGUCGCCAGCAACUUCACGACAGCUGAAAGACAGUUCUAGUGGCUUUCGCUUCCAUAACAACCCUAUGACUCCACCUUCCAACCCGCACACCCCUGCUUCUCCUGGAGCAUCUCGCAUGCCAACGGGAGUGAACCCUUCACCAUCUGCUGCUCUGAUUGGAACACCUUCGCCUGGUACUCUGCUUACUGCCAACUCACCAAGCAAUCCCCAGUUGCAUGUACCUUCUCCACAGUCCUUUGUCCCGACCCCUUCACCACAAGGCCUUGGGCUGCAUAUGCAGUCCCCAGCAGCUUCUUUCAUCAGCCCAGGUAUGGUGGAUGGUGGCUCUCCAUUCCCAGGCACUAGCCUGGCCAUGCCUUCUCCUGGAACACGCGGCUGGCCCAGUUCUCCUUCGGUGCAGGGCCCUUCCCCGGCCUCCCACCACUUGGCCACUUCCCCUGGACACCCUGCCUUACACUCUCCCCAGACCCACAAGGAUGGGGAGCACAGCAAAGUGUCAGUCAUGAGUCCUCCUUCACGCAUUCUUCCUCAACGCGCAUGGGCAGCAGCUGUCCCGACACUAUUAUCCCAUGAAAUGCUGACCAAACUCUUGACAGCAAGUCCUCUUCAAGGAACUCAGUUUUUACCUGCCUCGCCACUGGAACGAUUUUUUGCCUGUGUGCAUCUGAGACGCCACAUGCAGCGAGUUAUUCAGAGUGAGACCUCACUUACACCAGGAACAUCUGAGCCAGGAGUGGUGAGCUUCAGGGUGGAAUCACUUCAGUGCAAGAUUAGCCUCAACCCUUCAACACAUCAGUCCUUGCAUCUGAAGGUUACCCCAACCCCAGAUUUUCAAGAUCAGUGGAGUGCUGAAGAAAUGCAAAUUCUUGAGAGAUUCUUUGACUUGAAGGUGGUUUGUCCUCCCUACAAGGUGAAUUUACUGACAGCAUUUGGCCGUCUCAUGGGUGCACCACUCCGCAUCCUCAAAGACUGUAUCCAAAUCAUGCGCCUUGAGCUGAUGCCAGACCGCAGUCUAAAGUGGUCAGUACAAUGGUGUUUGACCAUCCCUCCAUCCCUACACAAUAUAUCGCCACCAGGCACCCCUGCCAUCCUCGUCAAGAGCAAGAUGAUUUUCAUGCUGCAAUUCACAAGGAUCGGUCUAAAUAUUGAGGCUCAGUCUCUCUGUGUGCCCAUGCUGUACGAAAUCUCUCAGAACAAGGUGCAGCAGGUGGAUCAGCACAGUUCGCCAGCUCUAGCAGCCAUCGCGACAAUGCUCAGCCGCUUUGCUGAGAUGCAUCACAACCCCACUGAGUGUGCCAUUUUUCCAGCUGUUCGUGAGCUUAUGAGCAACCUGGUUAUACCAAUGUCAUCUGCAGUGUGACCCAGGGGAUGCUUUUGUGCAUUUAAAAUUGCAAAACAUUUGAAGACAGUUCAUUUGAAAGAACAAGGCAGAGUUGCGUACAGCCAUUGUGUUCCAGUUGAAAAAAUUCUUGUACAUCUUGGUUCAUAUUUUUCAUGAAAGAAUGAUAUAUCUGAAUAGGUCUCUUUCUCUGAUGCUUCCUUCAGCAACGUAAAGAAAACAUUUUCAUCCAAAAUGCUUUUGAUGUUAUCUUUUAAUAUUAUGUAGAUUUGUAGAUAUCAUUUAAAAACAUUGUUUUAAUUAUCAGCACAACAGAGUGAGAGGAAUUAGAAAUGUAGUACAUUAAAAAAAAACACUUAGGAGAGUGAACAUCUUGGAUAUAAAGAGAAUCUGCUUCUUCAGUCCACCCCUUUUCAAAGGUGAAAAGUAUACCAUAGUUGUGACAGAAGUGUGCGUAUCAUUAAGACUUAGAACAAAGGCAUUGAUUGGACAGUUAGACAAGUUGUUGCGAUCGUUAAAUUUGCUUCAUUAGAUGCAGAGAACUGCAAGAAAUGUUGAUGUAGCUUUCAUCAGUGCCUUAAGGAUAGCCAAAAAUCAGUUGGUUUUUUAAUUGACAGAUGAGCAUCUGCAAAGAAUAUAUCUAAUUAUAACGAACUUAUCAUGUACUUGAGCAGUUUUCAGUAAUUGAGCAUAAUUGACAAAUUCAGCAAUGGAAGGGACAAGGGAACAAUAAGAGUGACAUGAACUUAGUAUAUUUAAUCUGAGAACUUGUCCUGUACACAUGCAAGGCUGCACAAUCAUGCCUACUUCUGAUUGGUUGCAGCAGUGACUAAUAUAUGCCCAGUCUCAAGAAGUUUCCUAUGGACAUUUUGUGCCAUUUCAAUCUUUUAAGAUGAUAUGUGUGUACGUGAGCAUGUUCGUGCUUAUGUGUGUAAAUAGAUUAGUUUUCUGGAACUUGUAUACAUUCUUCAAUGAUUACAAUAAAACAACAUUGUCGUGUUAAGUGAA